ACCAAAGUUUUUUCUGUUUUGAACAGCAUAACAGUUAUGUCAUGAUUCAUGGAUUCGAAGACCUUGGAAAUGAUAGGGAGGGAGUCCUUGAGGCAAUUGACAAGCAACCAGUUUGCGCAUGGAUAUACGUAACACGAGGAUUCAAGGAAUUUAUGGGUGAUGGAAUCUAUGUUCGGUCAGAAGAGGAUGAAGCGAAACUGAUGAUUGAUAUUGCAAAUAGAAAAGAUCAAAAGCAUGCAGUUUUAAUUGUAGGGUAUGGUGCUGUGGAUAACAAACCUUACUUUCUGAUUCAGAAUUCUUGGAACACUACAAGGGGAAGCAAUGGAUAUGCCAUGGUUCAGAGAAGUAUGCUUAACCACUUUUGUUAUCCUAACGUUGAAAAUAUGAAAGUGGCAAUGGGUACCAAUCACUACAAUAGUAGAAUCGAUAAGGUGAAGUUGAGGUGAAGUUGAGGAUGGGAGAUGAUUUGAUACAUAUCCGCAUGAUAGUAGGCUCAUAUAUAUUCCAGAACUUGAUAUUAUUCAAGUGAUACUGUAAAGAUCUCUCAAACUGUAAAGAUCUCUCAAAUUGUGACAUUUCACAGGUUGUUAUGGUUCUGAUACUGAAAUUGAGAGCUGACACCUUUUUUUCAAUUUCUCCCAUAAAUUAGUCGUAAAAGA